AUGGCAGAUAUUGCACGAUGUGCAAGUCCCGGUGAGGAAAGUUGGGCGACGUCUCAUAGCGCCGCCACGGGAGACUACAAGAGUUCCUUGUUUUCGCUAUUCUCCUCAGGCAAGCAACCUUCCCAUGAUCAGCAAGACACACCACCGACGGUUCCAUCAUCGCCCACGAAAGAAGGGGGCGUGACAUGGGCAGAUGAAAUGCAGGACAUGGAUUUGGCUAGCGACGACGAAAGCGUGGAAAUGCCAAUGCAAAAGCCACAGCCACAACCAGCGGAAGAGGCGCAAGACUCUAAGAACAGUGGAUUCUUUUCUUCGCUAUUCUCUAGAUCGGGAAGCAAGAAAGACGUCAACACGGACGAGGAGAACCCCGGCCCCCUUGCGGAACGCUCUUCUGACAGCAAAUACGAUGUCGAUGCACUGCGUGUCCCGUCAAUGAUGGACCAAGACACUGAUGACCCAGAGAGUGACGAUGAGGACAUCCUCAAAGACCCUUACGAUGAAAUCAGACCAAUGAAAGAGACGUUCCAAGAAGAGCACGAAGACGACGAGUCGACCAAAUUCGGUUCAUCACGCUGUGCACUUGGGUUUGCUCCCAAAAUCUUAUUCUUGAUUGGAUCAAUACUCUUUCUGAUCCUUUCAGUCCAUGACUUCAAACGUGUUAAGGAUGUUGGUGUUCGAGCACUUCCAGCAGACAGUUUGCUGACGAUUAGGAACGAAACAAAGUCCGAACUUGCGGAUGAAGACGUGGACCCUUUCUUUGCUACGGACAAUGUUACCGAAAUCAAAGAUGAACGAACUGGGGGCGCUCUCAUUACCAGUACCGGUACCCAUACCUGGUCAACCGCAACAGAAGGCACUAGGCGACGAAAGCUCCAAAUCAAUUGGUAUACACAAUACUGGAGUGCGUUACCGGAUGACGUGAAGGAAUCGGCAAAGUUGCUAGGCUAUGACAAGCAGAAAUGGGACAACUCCGAGUCCGUGUACACGGACCAUUUGCAUUGGCAUGAGCUGACACCCGAACAACAGGAUGCAGCUGCACUGGUGUUCGGUUAUACAGAGGACACCUGGAACGCCUUCGUCGACCGCUUCCUUGCAAACUUGCCGACGACGACGCCAAGUGUUAUUCCAGCGGCUUCACCUGUCGCACCUCCCGUGCAAGCUCCUGUCACACCAGUUACACCAGCCCCUGUGACAGCGCAGCCUGUCACUGCAGCUCCAGUGACUGAGCCACCAAACACGGCACCUCCUGUUACCGCAGCUCCUGUCACACCUCCCGUGGCCACCCCCGUCGCGUCACCACCUGUGGCUUCUCCGGUAGCUUCUCCCGUUUCCGCCCCUGUGUCCGCUCCAGUUUCUCCAAUGGCUUCUCCAGUUUCCGCUCCGGUUUCCGGCUCUGUCGCCUCUCCAGUUUCUCCUGUGGCGUCUCCUACUUCUUCAACUGUGGAUGGAUCAGCUAAAGGCGAGAACGGGGACAAGGGGAUUGAGGCUGGGGAACAGGGAGAAGGAGGCGAUGGGAAAGAUGAUGGCAGCGAAGGCGAAAAGGACCCAGAUGGCACUGACAAGGAGAUUUCUGCAUUCGCGAAUGCCUACAAUGUCGCGAUCGAUGGAGAGAACCCACCCGAGCCCAGAGACGAGACUUUUCAAGCUCUGUACAUCUGCGCUUCCAUCUGCUUUCUGCUUGUUGGAGUAUUUGAUGGCCUCUAUCAGCAGCUCGGUUUCCACGCCGUGAUGGUUCUGGCAGGACUUUUCGGUGUCAUUUCAGGAGCUUUGACGAAGUCUGAUGAGCUGGCCUUCAAUGUCUGCAACAGCGUGUCAACUCAUUUAUUCCUGCUUCAAACAGUGCUGUUGAUCUACAGCAGACUCCUGCUCACCUACGACAGUGGAGUACGCCGAGUUCUAUCGGUUGCAGACGGGAUGUUCUUGAGUGGUGCUCUAAUGAACGUAGUUGUAAGCUAUCUUCGCUACGGAGGCACAACUGUGGCAAUGGCAGCUACAUCGGUAGUUGUGGGUGUUCUGUGGAGCGUGGCUGCGAUCACCUACCUUGCCAUUACGAUGAUGUUUCGGCUGCGUCAAAACAAGGCAACGACUGGAAGCAAGACGAAUACCAGCGGAGACACAUCAAUACAGGAAUCUUGUAACAUACAACCAGCAGAUAUUGACGGAGACUGCGAAAUCUCCUUGGGGGAGCCGCAAGGGCAAUUCGAUCGCGACCACUGUUAA